AUGAAUUCUUUGUUGCAGGAGCUGAUAAAAUAUUGUUCUAAAAUACACUUAAAGUCCCGGAACGUUUUGCUUAUCACACUCAUCUUAGCGAAAACUUGCGGAGCUUGCAUUGUGCAUUGGAUAUUGCGAAAAAUUGACGAAAGAACGUCCAUUAGGACUACCGCCUGCGAAGUAGCAGUUCAACCAGUAGAUCUAGAGGAAUCUAGCUCAGGCGAUCAAUGCAUUGCUGAGCAAACAAUUGAAGCAAGCGAACAACCCAUACAUCAAGAAGUGUGCUUUGAUGCCAAGGAUCAUGAUAAAAGAGUAACAGGAAGAGAAGAUGAGCUGGCAUAUCAAGAGGAAAUAUGCAUAGGUGAUAGAGCAGAUAAAAAACUUUUCAUUGAUAUCAAUACGAGAGGAAAAGAGAAUGAAGAGUUUUUAAGAUCUCUCAGACAGACUAUCAUCCAACGUGUCCUUGAAAAAAUAGAAUCCAUAGAUAAUGAGCGAUUAAAGGGUCUUAAAUCAAUAACCCACUCGAAAGGACGGCUCUUAUGGAAGCAAUUGAGGGGUAGACUGAGUUAUAUCAGAGAUUUGGCGGGAACAAAAGUAAAAGAGCUUGAGAGACGAAGGCAAUGGGUUUGGAAGCCUAUGAAGAGGCCAUUGGUGGGUGCUAGAACAGAAAUUAAUCCACCAAAUAAAGAAAAGACCGAAAUGGGAGAAGAGAAAAAGGUAGAAUUUGCGGAAGAAAAGGUGCCCAAUGUAGAUAUUGUUGGUGAGCUGGAAAAACAAGCCGGUGGGGAAAUAGACCACCAGGAGGCCGAAAAAAGAAAAUUACUAAUUAUUGGGGGAAAAAGAACAACUAAUGCAGAGGCACCGGUGAGGGGUGACCAGGAAAAGUUAACCUCUCUGAGGCCACCUCAUGCUCAGACUAUAUUGGGAAGCCCUGCGGAUUCUAAGACCACUCUAAUAAAAGCCCAAUCUUCUAAAGAUUUAGAGAGAGAUUUUGGGGUGCAAAUACGGUACAUACCAAUGAAGAGUCGAUUAUUUAGGUACUCCGAUCAUUCAGGUGAGCAGGGGUUGGUUAGAAAACCCACAAUGAACGAGAACGAAACCGAACUAGAGCCCCCAAUCAUUGAGCGUGAACCGGUGGGCACAGAACUUCCCUUACAACAUCAAAAAAUGGUCUUUAAGAAGCGAACAGAUCCUAGACUCACGAUGAAAGCCUUGAAAUUUCCACUUUUCUCCCCCGACACGUUGGAUCAGAUCUCGUGGAGCGAAUUCACUGGGGAUCUCGAGAAUGAAGGCGUAAAGGAUUCACACCUACAGUCACCUCUAAGGAUGCCGUCAAAUGAACCAGUGCCUCCGAUUGUCUUAAUAUCAUCCCCCAGUGUAGAAACCUCUCAAACAAAUGACGAUAAUGUAACACUCAAAUCUGAGCCAACUGAGAACGUGGAACUCGAACCUCUUCCUGUAAUGGAUACAGACCUUAGAAGUCCGCUUACACAUCAAUCAUUAAGUAGACUUUCAGAGAAGGGGAGUUGGCAUCUAAAAGAUGAACGAGAUGGGAUGACGGAGCCUCUCAAGAUGACUUUUAAGAAGAGAUCUUCAAUCAUUGCUUCCCUCGAUUCAGAAAGCAUAGGGCUUCCUCAUCCUCUUGCAGAUAUAGGCCAAGAUAAAGUUAAGGCAGAUCUGCCUAACCUCGCAAGAAGUGGUCAAAAAUCUUCCCAACCCAAACUUUCCCUGAUUCCUGAGGCACUGCCUAUGAGUAGAAAUUCACAGGUGCCCAUUCCAUUAUCUUCAGCGGAUAAACAGAUCCGUCAGAUGGAUACUCAUGAUAAGAGGGAUGGUGGGGAAGAGGAAGGAAGCAUGAUGCCUUCGUCUUCGAACAUAGCAAUGCCAAAUCAAAGAUUUUCGAAGUUAUCCAUAGACAAGGGUGUGACUGUUCAACACAGAUGGAGUAAAGAGCAUACGCAAACGCGUAAAUCGUUCACUGUGGAAUACCCAAAUUUGCAUCAAAGCCAUCAAAAUAGACAACGUCAGGAAAUAGCGCUAGAAUCUGCUGAUACGCCUUAUGAAAUGGUUGACGCAAGAAGUAUGCAGAAGGAACAACCAGAACCAGCUUCUCAAUCACGUUCUAACCCAACGUAUUCAAAACCAAACCUUUAA